AUGAUCAUUGCUUUACGCACGGCACCUUCCCACAGUUGGACAAAUCCAGCCGAAAGAUGUAUGUCUAUUCUGAAUUUAGCACUUCAGCAUGUGGCUCUUGACAGGGAUGAAAUGGAAUCAAAGUAUGAAAAAAUGGUGAAAAACCUGUCAACACUGUCGUCUGUAAGGAAUCAGGCAAAAUUGAAAACAGGACUGAAGGAGGCUUUCGAGAAAAGCAUGGAAUCAGUUGUUGAUAAAGUGAAUGAACGCUUCUCACAAAUGACCUUGAAAGGAAACAAAAUCAUGGCUCACAAAGGCUUAUCUGAUGAAGAAGUAUUGGCUUUUCUUGAUAUAACAGCCAUUGGCCUUGGAGCGGACAGUCCAGUUGCCACUCUGAAUACAAAAAGUUCAGACUUAAAAAAAAGCAAACAUCUUCAGGACUUCUUCGAAAAGCACGCCGAGUCAAGCCACUAUUGCUUCCAGAUUAAGAAAUGCUCAGACACUGAGUGUCACUACUGUUUGAUAAACCCUGUUCGAGACCAGGACCUUUUUGACCGUCUCAGUUACCUCCCAGAACCUACACCAGAUGAUAGUGGAGAACACUACUUGCCGUUUAGUGAUGUGUUUGGAAAACCUCUGACUCGUGACAAGUACAGACCAUCGUCAAAGAAACAUGGAGACUUUGAUGAGGAGUCAGAAGAUCACGAUAAACAGAACAGAGAUAUUUUCAAGGUAGAGAAGGUUAGAGAUGCUGUCCUCUGCGGGGAAUGUCACAAGCCUAGAUGUGUAUUCAGUGCCAACAAACUUGACCGCCAGCAGGAGGAAGCCCUCCAGAACAUCAAGGCCUGCCAAACAUAUACCUGUGGGGAUCAACUGGAGGAAGCACCUGGAUUGUAUGUCAGAAGAUGUGUUAGCUGCAUCUCCGAUGUUGAGAUUUCAUACUUUUCUGCUAAGUGCCGACACUACCUACCACCUGUCUGUGUCUAUUGUGGAAAUACUGGGGAAUUAUUAGAUGACAAUGAUCUGUACAUUGCAGAUCUGUACGGGAAAUACUCAGUUGUACGGCCUUUGUGUUCAACUUGUCGUGGUUCAGGGAAAGAUGCAAAGACAUGGGGCAUAAAGAAAUUUGUUAAAAAACAGAAAACCAAGUGA